AUGGCGCUGCCGCCUCACCCGCUCCCCUCUCGUCCACCGACGACGCAGCCGGUGCCGCCUCGCCCUCCACCACCGCAAGGGGCCCGGCCACCGGCACAACCUCGACCAGGAGUCCCACUGUCCCUCCCCUCGCGGCCCUCGUUCCUCCCGACGCCGCCGGUCGCGGCCACCGUCCCCGCCAACUCGCUCUCCACCCACCCGCCGCCGUCGGCAGCCUCGCCUCGCGUCCCGGCACCAGGCACCUUCCCGCCCGCCUCGCCAGCACCUUCACCGCACCUCCGCACCGCAUUGCCGGGCGCCGCAACCGCAGCCGGCGGCGCAGCGGCCCCGCUCCCCUGGCCCACGCAGCUCGAGGCCGGCCAGGCGACGACGACCGCCCAGCUCAUCGAGCUCGGCGAGGGCUGGGUUGUGCGGUACCGAGCGUGGAAGGCGCCCGCUCGCUGCCUCGACCCGCCCCUACCCGUCGACGCCGCCGCCGACCUCCUCGCGUGGGACCCGCUCGCGCCGGCCUGCGCCUCGUCGUCGGCAACGAGCGCCGCGGCCGCCCGCAAGCUCGCGAGCUCGACGGCUUCGUCCAAGGGCGAUGAUGCGGCGGGUCCGCCGAGCAAGAAGGCCAAGAAGGGCGGGCCCGCUGCUCGAGGGGCCGGCAACGCCUUUGACGAGCUGCUCGCCGAGGAGCUGGGCUCGUCGACGCCGGCGCUCGGCGGGCACCCGUCGCCGUCGCUCGGCACGCCCCUCGGCUCACCGUCCCUCCUCGGGCCUGCGUCCGCCGCGCCGCCGCCACCGACUACCCGUCUUCCAUCCGCGCUCCGAGCCGCGAUGACCGCCGCCGCCUCAUCCUCCUCUUCCACCGCCGCCGCCGACGUCGGCCCCUCGACCGCAUCGCCCGCUCACGGCAGCGCCAGCCCCGACUCGGACUCGUCCCCCUCGUCCCGCCUGCGCGCGCGCCUCUCGGCCCUGCGCGCCGCCGCGCCGUCCGACCCGCUCGCCCUCGCCGAGGCGCACCUCGCGCAGCGUGCGGCGCACGCGCGAGACGACGGCCGGGACCGCCUCGCGCUGCUGAGCUGGGUGGGCUCGGCGACAGUGCGCGUCGGCGGGCGUGCGGCGUCGGCCAAGGGCAAGGGCAAGGCGCGCGAGGGGGACGAGGCGGCGCCCAAGAGGGAGAGGAGCGAGGAGCGCGAGGGGGACGAGGGCAGGGAGGGCGAGGGCAGGGCGCUGUGGGUGUUCGGGGUCGUGCGAGGCGGCGAGACGGACGCUGAGGGGGUCAAGCUCGACGAUCUCACGUUCGAAGGGCUCGAGCCUUUCGCGUCAGGCGAGUUCACGCACUCCUCGCUCUUCCCGGCGCUCUACUCGGCCGCCAAGUCCGCCUCGUCGCCUACUUGCGCCUCGCCCCUCUCGCUCCCCGCCCACGCGUACCCAUCGGCGCUCGCCAUCUCGGACGCCCUCGUCUCGAUCCCGCUCAUCGCCCAGCCGCCGCCGCCGCAGACGCUCGUCCAGGCCGCCUACGAGUCGUUCCGCAGCGCCAUCUCGAACAUUCUCCUCGACGAGCUCGUGCAGCAGCCCGUACCCGACACGCGCUGCGUGCGACUCGGCGCGAGCGUCGUCUUCCUCCCUCUCGCCGCGCCGACCUCGUCCACCUCGAGCUCGAUCCGGUUCGCGCCGCUCUCGCCGAGGCCCGCCCUCGAGCUCUCGCUCGCCCCUCUCGCCCUCAACCGCUCCUCGAUCCACCUCCAGAGCCGACUCGCGCACCUCGCACUCGCACCCCUCCCUCCUCACGUCGACGCCGGCGCCCGAGUCCGCCUCGCCCCGCUCGACGCGCGCGCGACCUUCCUGCGCGCCCUGCGCCUCCCGUCCUCGCGCCGCGCCCAGCUCGACGCAGAGUGGACGCCGCACGUCGCCGGCGCGUGCGGGAGCGUCGCCGAGCCCGACCGCACGCAGUACGUCCUGUGCGCGCUCGAUGCGCCGGGCGGGACGGCGGCGACGAGCGGCGACCGCGUCGAGGUCGUCUGGCCGAGGGCGCUCGUGCUCCUCGACGGUGAGCGCGAGCAGGCGCCGUCGGCGGCGCGCGACGGCGAGCAGAAGGCUGCGGCGAGCGAGCCGAGCCCUGAGCGCCCUGCCGCGGCCACGUCAGCUGCGCCCGUCACGUCGGCGGUCGCGCCGGUCGCGCCGCCGAGCCGAGCGUUCCCCGGCGCGCCCCUACGCGCCCGACUCGCCGGGCAGCUCCUCCUGCGCGGGCGCACGAGUGGCCGCCGGCGCGGCAGCGAGGGCUCGAGCGCCGGCGACGUUGGCCAGGCGGGCGCGUUCCGCAGCCCGGUCAAGCGCCGCACGGGCGACGUGUGGCGCUGGAUGGGCGACGAGGGCCGGCGACGCGAGGAGGAGAAGGAGAAUGCGGCGCGGCGAGAGGCCGAGAAGGACGCGAGGGACAAGGAGGCGGCCGAGGCGCAGGCGCCAGAGUCGGCGGCGGGCAAGGACGACGACAAGGUCGUCGCGUCGGCUCACCUUCCAGCUGCGGCGCCCAUCAACAUGCGCACGCCGAUGAGCCUCGGCGCGUCGUCGACCGAGGCGCCCAGCCCCGCCGAGCUGUUCUCGUCAUCCCUCCACCCCAUCCACGCCGGCGCAGCGCACCCUCCUCCUCCCUCCUCGACUGUCGGCGGCCACGACCAGUCGCACGACACCCUGCACGGCAUGGACAUCGACUUUGGCUUGGGCAUGUACCCCUCGCCAGCCGAGCCGGCCGGCCCGCACGCGCCUGCGCCCGUGUCGACCAGCGCGCCCAUGUCGACGCUCGAGACGGCCUUCCCCGAGUUCGACUGGGGAGAUGGCACGUUUGGCACGAGCGGCAUGAGCGGCGGCGGCGGAGGAGGAGCAGGAGGAGGCGGAGGAGGUCAAGGCGGCGGGCGCGGCAACGACGGCAACGGCGGCGGGUACGACGACGGCAUCAUGCUCGGCCUCACCGACGACGACUUUUCGUUCUUCGACGCGCCGACGCCGGCCCGGGCGUGCGACCUCGGCCUGUCGACGAUGCCUUCGGUCUCGGGCAUGGACGCCGCCUUCGACCUCUUCUCGUCGUCGGCGCCGAGCGACCUGCCCGGCAUGACGUCGACCGUGUCGACGUUCGCCGCCGACCCUGCCCUCACGAGCACGACGUCGCCCCAGUUCCCCGAGGGCCCGUCGCCCGCCCUCCCCUUCUCGUUCGGCGCGUUCGACGCGCUCACGCCCAACGCUCUUGAGCUCGCGUCUACCUCGCCGGGCGCAGCGGCGCUCGCCGCCGGGCCGUACUCGCCCGUCGUCCUCCCCACAGCGUCCGCCACGCCCGCGUCGCUCGCCCUCGUCCCGCACACGCCCCACCCGGUGUCCUACUCGCCCAUCAUCGUCGGCCACGCGUCGCCCCAGGUGUCGCCCGGCCGAGCUCGCGCGCUGUCGGCGUUCGAGCCCGUCGCGUUCGACCCUGCCCAGGCGGCGCUCGACGACAAGUAUGACCCGCGUCGCGGCAAGUUCGGCCUGCCGAGCCCCGACUCGGACCACGAGGGCCGAGCGCUCGUGCACCCGAGCGCGCAGAGCAAGGACCGCCGCUCGUGGUACUCGGCCGUGUGCGACCCUCGGAUCGCCCUCGCCGAGCGCUUGCGGCGGCAGCGCCUCGGCCCGGCCAAGCCGCCGACGCAGAGCAGCAGAUUGCACUGCGGCGCCUCGUCGAGCGCGACAGCCGCGGCAGCGCCGCCGCCGCCACCGCCGCAUCGGGCUUGGGUUCGUCGUCGCCUCGGCGCCGCACUCGGCCUCGUUGGCGGCAGCAUCGAGGGCGGCUCGCCGUCGACGUCGCAGCACACUGCCGACGAGGCCGACAGCGAGCAGUCGAGCAGCGACAGCGAGAAGGACGACGCGAUGGACGUCGACCGGUCGCCGCGAGCCGGGCGUGACUCGGACGACGAGCCGCACGACGCCGAGGCGGACCGCAGCCUCGACGCGGCGUUCAGCUCGUCGCUGCUCGCCGCCGUGUCGUUCGUCAAGCGCGGCGUCGAGGCGUCGAGCGCGGCGCAGUACGUCCUCUCGUCGCAGGACGGCGCCAAGGUCGACCCGGCGCGCGACCUCACGUACCACGUCGUCACCGAGCACCUCAUGCACCUCCCCGACCUGCGCGACGCGACGCUCGCCUUUUCGCGCCGGCCUCGCCGCACGAGCAUGGCCAUCGCGUCGCAUGCGCUCGCCAUCGCCUCGACCGCGCUCGCCGCCGUCUGCAGCACCCUCAGCCCGUCGCCGCUCUUCGCCGACCACACGGCGCUCGCGUCGCUCGAGCAGGAGGAUGCUCCCGCGUUCCUCCUCCGCACGCAGCAGUGCGUCGUCGAGACGAGCUGCGCCGCCGUCGACUUUUGGCGGCCAAUGGGCUUCGAGCCGCUCCCGGGCGCCAAGAGCGUCACGGCGUUCGUCGUCUACGAGGACUCGGGCGCCGAGGUGCACGACACGGUCAAGGAGUGGUUCAGGGCGAUCGGCUCGACGUACGAGGGUCUGCGUCUCGGCUCGCACACGCCUGGGACCGUCCCGGCGUCGAACAACUUUGCCGGUGUCCAAGACGGGCUCGUUCCGCUGCCGGCGGGGCUCCUCUCGACGAGCCAGCAGCGUGAAGAGCUCAAGCUUCUCUAUACCGCGUUGUCCGACACGUCCAAGACGGCGCAGAACACGGUCGUGUACCUCAUCGCGCCGCUCGCCGACUCGCCGCUCGCCCAGGGUUCGCCGCUCGCGAGCAUCAUCCACCAGGUCGGCAAGAGUCGACAUGGCGCCUCGGCCGUCAACAUGCUCCCGUGCACGAUCCCGAUGGCGUCCCUCGCGCGCUCGGGCCCCUCGACGUCCACAAGCUCGACCGCCGGUCGCCUCGCCCGACUCGCCUUCUCGGUGUACGACCAGCUCCAGAUCCCCGUCGAGCGCCUGCGGUUCCCGAUGCCCGAGACGUUCCCGUCGGCUCGACCGCCGCCUCUCGCGCCACUCGGCCCGGCCAUCCGCCUGUACACGGCGCCGGCCGUCAAUGUCGCGCCGGCGGCGUCGUCGCGCGCGGUACAGUUCUCGCUCAGCUGGCCGCCGAUGGCGCUCGAGGUCGAGCACCGUCACCGCCUCCUGCACGUGUGCUACACGUCGCGGCGGCUCGCCGAGGACAGCGAGCAGGAGUGUCUCGUCGUCGCGACCGUCGACGAGAAGGGCGAGUCGUGGAAGGUCGCGCCGAGGCUCAUCAAGGCGCCGGUCGGUCCACUCGCCGACGUACAGCGCGUGCGCCUCGUGUGGAGCUUCGUCAAGUCGCUCGUCGACGCCGUCGACGUCGAGUGGCGCAUCGUUCUCUGCAAGCUCGGCGAGCCGACCGGGCUCGAGGCCAAGACGUGGGACUCGCUCCUCAAGGAGUACCUCGCCGUCGUCCGCCGACCUCUCCACGUCACCUUUGCCUGCGCCGAGCUCGACCCAGCACUCGCCGUCCUCCCUCGCCACGCCUUUCCUGCGCAGAGCUCGGCGGCGUCGUUCACGUCGAUCGAGGACGGCCAGGCGUCAGUCGCCGGGAGCGUCGGCAGCGUCGGCAGCGGCAAGACGACCCUCUUUGACGCCACGCCGACGACCCUCACCUACACGCCGACCGAGCCAGUCUCGCUCAGCACCCUCGCCUUCACUCCCGCCGCAUCGUCGUACUUCCUGCACGUCCCGCGCAUCUCGUCGCACGCCCACUCGACCGUCGACCUCGGGUCGCCCAUCGACCCGUCCUCGACCUCAGCCUACGCCGUCCACUUCUUCCUGUCGCACGCCUCGCGCACCUCGUCGUACAAGGCGACCCUCGGCGCGCUCGUCGGCGACGUGCGCCGCAGCUUUGUCGAGCUCGCCGCGCUCGGGCAAGUGCGGUGGGGCACGAGCGGCCGGCUCGCAUGGCACCUCGAGGCGACCGGCCUCGCCCUCCUUCUCGCCGAGCAGCUGUCCUAGAUCUUCCUUCCUCUUGUCGUAUUCGUCGUCCCCUCCACCCUUCCCUUGCCUGUCUGUCGGCAUCGCAUCGUCGCCCUUCUUGUUGCCCUCCCCCCUCGCUCUGUCCUUCGCACCGCACCUCCGUUCUCUCCCAGUCUCUUGCAUUCGAGCAUCUUCCACGCC